AUGUCGGCGACAAAAGCCAUCAAACAGUGGGAGAUCACCGAUGAGAGCCACACAGACAAGGAAUUCAAACAUCUCUUCACCUUCUACUUGCUGCCACAGAAAGCGGCACGGAGCAGUUGGACGGACGAAAAGAACGUUAGAAGGCUUUUGAAAACAACGCUGAAUGGGCCAGAGUGCGAAUUGUACGUCAAAUUGAGUACCAAAAACUUCAAAUUGCUCGUUCCUGGAGAAAAGCCGACCGAACCUCCUCCGACAACAGAACCUGAGGAAACGACAAAGCCGCCAAAAAGGACAACAACAGCACCAAAAGAAGAGCCUUCCCCAGCUUCAGGUUCGAAUGCGGUCGUUGUCGUCAUCAUCACUGUCGUCGUCUUCUUGAUUGUUCUCAGCAUCAUUGGUGGCCUUCUCUGGUUCUUGGUAUUCCGUAAAAAAGCGGAGGAGGAAGAACAACCAUUGGAAGACUAUUUUGGCACGUCGAAAACUGCCGGAGGGACUGCUGGAGGGACUGCAACGAAGACAAAGACUGGGAUGAGUACUGUGGGCGGUACACAAGCAAAGAGCGGAAUGUCGACGACUGUUGGAGGGGGGACGACUAAGACUGUUGGUGGCACCCAAAUCAAGUCCAAAUACAGCGGCAAAACUUCAGCGGCGUCGACAACGAGGAAGAACUGAAGUGUGAAUAAUGAGAGAAGAAUAAAUGUUGU